AUGUCCUUUCGCCUGCUGACCACACGUUUGUACAAACAUGGUCGCCUGCUGGUCCAGAACUAUCUCAAGCGGGACAUACACGUUAGCAACGUUUGGGCAAACCCUACGGAGAGUGCAAAAGUGAACAAGAUUAACGAAACGCUGAGACAUGAUCUGCGGAUCAACGAGUUCCGGAACAACAGCUUCCUGCGGUUCGGUAACCAAGCGCGUCGUCUGUUUAUCGACAAUGUGCUGAACAGGGUUACCAAUCCGUACUCGGUGGAUUUGCGCCUACAAGCCACCAAGAAACUGUUGUAUGGCGAUUCUACUCCCUUCUUUGCAUUGGUCGGAGUGAGCUUGGCUUCAGGAGACGGUGUACUGACCAAGAACGAUGAGCUGGAAGCUGUCUGUUGGGAGAUUAGGCAUGCGAUGUCCAACUUUCAGGAGAAAGUCGGAGAAAAGGACAUCGAAACCCAUCUGGAUGAAGAGUUCGGAAUAGAGAGCUUAAACAUUGGCAAACCCAUCGCCAAAGGCUGUUCGGCCGUGGUUUAUGCCGCUUCGCUUAAGGAACCGACUGUAAAUGACGAGAGCUCUAUGUACAGCGAUAGUGUUAAUAGCUCUUCCUCCUCCACGGACCAGAAAGCACAGCCGGAAGGAUGGAUAGAGGAAGAGCAGAAUUUCUCAGGCCGUUGGAGUGACGGCAAUAGUCCGCUGCUGUUGCCGGAAAGAACUGCAUCAGCCGUUUUGCGUCAAGCGAUCAAUGAUAGCGAUGAACGAACGAGAGCAAAUAACAAUCGCAGAGUACGGUUUAAUAGUGAAACGAGAAUACGAACGAUGUCGGAAAAUAGUGCAGCAUCGAACCAUGAUCACAAUAAUCAGUUUUUGCGGGACUCAAGCGAGAAAGAUUACAAUAUCGAAGAAUAUCCGUUGGCACUGAAGAUGAUGUUUAAUUACGACAUACAAAGCAACGCGAUGGCCAUUCUUAAAGGGAUGUACCGUGAAACUGUUCCAGCAAAGAGGCGAACCAUCGAAAGUGCGUGGGAAAAGAGUCUCAUGGAAAAGACAAACUUUCUGCCACCCCAUCCAAACGUCGUGGAAAUGUACGGUGUAUUUUGUGACCAGGUACCGGACUUGUCCAUGUCCGCAACGCUCUAUCCGAUGGCGCUACCCCAGCGAUUGAACCCCCAGGGUUACGGACGCAACAUGAGUCUGUUUCUGUUGAUGAAACGCUACAACAUAAAUUUGAAAGAGUACCUACAGCAACCAGGCGUAGAUAUGCGUACACGCAUUCUACUGUUUGCGCAGCUGCUUGAAGCCGUCGCCCAUUUGUAUCGUCACGGUGUUUCACAUCGGGACAUAAAGUCGGAUAACAUUCUGAUCGAAUUGCGUCCAAAUAUGCCACCGACGCUAGUGCUGACCGAUUUCGGAUGCUGCGUUGCAGAUAAGAGGCAUGGGCUACGCAUCCCGUACACCUCGGACGAGAUUGAUAAGGGCGGUAAUGUAGCGUUAAUGGCACCGGAGAUUAUCGAGCAGCUACCGGGCACGUUCGCGAUACUGAACUACACCAAAGCUGAUCUUUGGGCUUGUGGUGCAAUUGCGUACGAAAUUUUUGGCAGUGAUAAUCCCUUCUAUUCCGAUAUGCACUCAGCGCUCAGAAAUACGACGUACGAGGAACAUAUGUUACCCGCGAUGGAUGAAGACGUUCCGAAGUUAAUCCAGUGUCUUGUGCAGAAUAUCUUGCAGAGAAACCCCAACAAACGCUUAAGCCCGGACCUUGCAGCGAACGUGAUGCAACUGUUCCUGUGGUCACCAUCGUCAUGGUUACGUGACCGGUACGUACCAUCCAGCAAUGAAAUUUUGCAAUGGUUGCUGAGUCUCACGACCAAAAUCCUCUGCGAAGGUCCGUUGCGUGUUACUCCCGAUGGUACGAUGGGUCGCAGAACAUACACGGAGUACUUACUGAUUGCGAGCUUUCUUUCGCGAGUCCACUUGGAGCGGCUGAAGCGUGCACUCGACUGGAUACAUACGGUUAAUGUUGGCAGUUCGUAA